AUGGAGACUUGGAUCGACAAGAUGAAGAGUGGCGAAAAAGUAACGUCGAUUAAAAAGGAAGUCGAGGAGUUUAAAAGGAAAUGUGCGCUGGAAAAGGCACAAGCCAAGAUAUCCGCCACACUUAAAAAACAAGUGCAGGUUACAAUGCCGAACUACGAGCGCAGACACUGCAUUGUAGUUCAAAAAAAUACUAUGCCCUUCUCAUUUGGCGAAACAAAUGCAAAAGAGACGAAAAAACAGAUUGACAGCCCAUCAAUCUGUAACAAGAAAAUAUGUAAAAAACAAAAAAAGGCAAAAAAAAUAAAAAAACGAAAAAAAAUAUUAAAGUU